AUGCCCGAGCAUGAUGCCGAAGAUGCUGUCUUGAACGAGGAGCUCGCUGAGAGGCCCGAUAGGACUAACCCGCCGAUGAUCCUUCAGCCCAGGCCCAUGCUCUCAGAGCCAGCAGACAACACUAUCAAUAUGGCCAUCGAGCAAAAGUCGGCCACCUCGAUCGCCGAGCAGCCCUGGCGCUCAACAGACUUGCAAGGCCCGUCUGACCUCAGCACCGCGCAUUCCAUUGCCAGCUAUGGAAGACCCCGAUCAUUCGACAUCGUUGAACCGCCGGCCCAGCUCUCCACAAACACCUUUCACAUCCGUGAUUCUGUCCCCGACGAUGUCUUUCCAGAUGGUGGGACCCGGUCAUGGUUUGUCGUUUUGGGAUCAUUUUUCCUACUGAUGAGCAGUUACGGCAUGAUGAACUCUACUGGUGUCCUACAGAGUUAUUUCGCCAGCAACCAACUCUCGGACUACACCAGUAGUGUCAUCGGCUGGAUCCCAGGUCUAUUUGUCUUCUGUGGCCUGGGCUUGGGUGCCCAAAUUGGUCCGAUGUUCGACAGGUACGGUCCUACGGGUAUCCUUAUUGCUGGGACGGCCUGCUACGUCGCGGGUCUGCUACUAAUGGCCGAAUGCCACCUCUACUGGCAAUUUAUCCUAACCUUUGGCGUACUCACUGGCAUGGGCGCCGCUCUACUGAGCACAGCCGCCAUUUCUGCUGUCCCUCAUUGGUUCGAUCGCCGAGUUGGCUUGGCCAUGGGCACGGCAAUGGCCGGAGCGGGAGUUGGGGGAGUGGCGUUUCCCUGGGUCCUCCGAGCAGGGCUUAAGGACCUUGGGUAUAAGUGGACCAUGCGGCUGCUUGCAUUGAUUGUGGGGACCAUGUGUGCGAUUGGAAUUGCUUUUGUUCGUUCUCGUCUACCAAGAAGCCAGAGUAAGCCGAGCAUCAACGUGCGUGCCUUUCAGGACGCCAGGUUUACUUGGUUGACCAUGGGAACAUUCAUCAUGGAGCUGGAAGUCUUUGGCUGCCUGGGUCUCUACCCGACUUACGUUGUAAUGCAGGGAUUUGGCACUACCACCAGCAUCAUACUUCUGUCAAUCUUGAACGUGUUCUCUACCAUCGGUCGCCUUGUCGCCGGCGGCGUCGCAGACAAGUAUGGCCGAAUCAACACGCAGAUAGGACUGCUCGGUCUAGGUGCCGUGGCCGUCUUUGUCAUUUGGCUACCGUUCGGAAACAAACUGGCGGGCCUCUAUAUUUUCAGCUGCGUGUACGGCUUCGCAUCCGGUUCCUUCAUUAGUCUUGCGCCAGCUUGCAUCGGGCAAAUUUCCAAAGCCAGCGAGGUGGGGGGUAGAUUCGGGGUCUGCUAUCUGACCGUCAGCUUUGCCACUUUGAUUAGUAUCCCGAUUGGUGGUGAGAUGAUUGAGACGGUCGGAAAGCAGGCCAUGGUGGCCUUUCUCGGUGCCGUUCUGGUCAUCGCAAUGGGCAUGUUCUCCAUGGCGCGGUGGUCGUGCCUUAAUUACCGAUGGCGAUGGCAGGCUAAAAUCUAG